UAUCCAUUCAACAGGUCUCGCCAAACCAUAAGCUCCUGUUCCCCCGAUCUCCAUUUCCAAGGAAGAACGAACCCGAGGAAGCAGCCAUGGCGGUGUCCAUCGAGCUCACCAAGGAGUACGGGUACGUCGUGCUGGUGCUGGUGGCCUACGCCUUCCUCAACUUCUGGAUGAGCUUCCAGGUCGGCAAGGCCCGCAGAAAGUACAAGGUGUUCUACCCCACCAUGUACGCCGUCGAGUCGGAGAACAAGGACGCCAAGCUCUUCAACUGCGUGCAGAGGGGGCAUCAGAACUCGCUGGAGAUGAUGCCCGUGUUCUUCGUCAUGCUGCUGCUCGGUGGCCUGCAGCACCCGACCAUUGCCGCCGGGCUGGGCGCCCUCUACACGGUCGCGAGGUUCUUCUACUUCAAGGGAUACGCCACCGGCGUCCCGGACAACCGUCUCAAGAUUGGGGGGCUCAACUUCCUGGCUGUGUUUGGGCUGAUCAUCUGCACGGCAUCUUUCGGCAUCAGCCUGGUCAUCAGGGAGACGCUCUGAAGUUCAGGCUUACACGUGAUCUGCAGACUGGAUUAACGGGACAAAUUACUUCUUGUGGCCUGGGUAGUGCAACUUUGUGACAUGACAGUCAUAUAGGUUUGUGUAGUCGUAUACUCGCAUCUCUCUUUUCGUGUUGAUAAGCAAAGUAGCGGAUGUGUGCGUGUGCGUGUGUUUCACUUUUGUUGAUGCCGGAAUAAGAGACUUGACUUGAAGCAUGAAUCUUACAGUUCUUGCUGCUUGUUAGUUGUUACUCUUUGCUUUCACCGUAAAGGAUUGUCGAUGGAUUGUGCCUCA